CAGGGGGAAGGGCAUAAAAGACUCCAGUUCAUUCUGAGUCUGGAAAAAGUUUCCUUCAGAAUGACAGCCAAGGCAUUUUUGCUCCUCUGCUUUGUCAUGGGAUCAUCUUCCAGCUCUGUGACAGGAUCCAUGCCCUAUGGUGGAAAAGCCAUUCAGGGGCUCAGCAAAGAUGCAUACAGGGCAGCGGGUGCCACGGCCAGCCAAGUGACGCUCCUGUCCAGAGGCAGCAGCAUCGCCCGAGAGAAUCACACGGAGCAUCGGCCGCUGUCUCCAGGCGACUGCCAGCGGCCAAAGGUUGCUGACAUCCUCUUGGCCACCUCGGAGAAAAAGAAAAGGGCCAAAUUCUCAGUAGAAAACAAUACAGGGCUGAGAAAAGAGUCCAGCCGACAUGGCAGGACCCUGGCUCCCGAGAUUCACCUUGAGGGGCUCUCUCCCGCCUCCUUCGACUUCAGCCAGGCAAACCGAAUGCACAGCGACAGGCUCCAGGCCGGGCCUGGUAACAGCGCGUCGGCACGCUUCUACCAUGCGGCACCGUCCCAUCGGAAGGACAGAGCCAUCACUGAGACGCACCCUCUCCAAGACACAGGGACAGACAAUCCUAACACCCUGCAUCACUCCAACCGACCCGGGAAGAUCAACCCCUACAAACAGAGCGACCUAACGAGAAAGAUCGACCACCCCUCUUGGGUCACCAACCGCCAGUCGGCCAGCCUGCUGUACCACUUCAACGUGCUCCAGAAAGAUGCUGAUAAGGAGAAGGCGUGUCUGUCGGGGUGCAGGAAGGAGCUGGAUGAAGCAGAGGCCUAUUGUGCCAGCGAAUUUGCGGUAAACGGAAUAGUUUAUGAUGUGGAAAGACUGGGGAGUGGAGUCCGCCUGGUUACCCUGCUGGUAAACAGCGAUGGAUUAUACAAGAUGAGUCGCCUCUAUAUCACCCCUGACGGCUUCUUCUUCCGAGUUCACAUUCUCGUGGUGGACACCUCGCACUGCAGUAAACCCUGUCCAGACUUGAAACUUGGAAGCAGAUACAUUGUGAUGGGUCAGAUCUACCACAAGAGGCGGCAGCUACCUGCAACCUUGCAGCAGUUCCUGAGAGGGCGCCUGCGGCCAGGAGAUGGACUACUCGGGAGCAGCAGCAGUUAUGUGAAAAGGUUCAACAGAAAGAGGGAUCGCAGAGUUCAAGGGACUCGCCCCAAAUGUAGAUGAGGAUGCUGUACUGCCUUUCUGGGGCUUGAGCUACCCCACAAAACUGGCCCUAGCUGGAGUGCUAACAGCUCGCCCCGAUGUGCAUUUGGUGCAUUACGCGCUAUAUAAAAUGCUGGUCCUUCCUAAUGUUUUAGUUCUGUUCUAUGUAGCUGGCAGUAGAUUGUGCAAAAUAGUGCAGAAAUCAGACCUAGGUCGCGUGGACAACAUUCAUAUGUUAGGGGGUGCUCUUCAGUAUGUUCCCAGACUAGUGGAUUAAUUUACUCCCUAUUGAGGAUUUAAAUUGCAAAGUCUGGAAAAACACACAUUGUAAAUAGUUUUAGGGCUGAAUCCUGUUGUUGGUGCUCUUGGAUACAUUACGAGUGGAGUUAGUGGAUUGACUCUGGCUGUUCAUCAAUUUACCCAAGAUGAGAAAUUUUCUCGAUUACUUAAAUACACGGCUUUGAAUAUUUAACAAAUAGGCCAUUAACAAAAGGAGCACCCAUACCCUUUACUUUUAACGUGUUGUAUGGUCACCUGUAUCUCAAAGUUUGCACAGCACAAAUAAACAUGUUUGGUUUAAAGCAGAAUAUCGAGUUUUCUGUCAGCCUAAAUCCAAUAAUUCUGACAACGUAGGUGGUUGUUCCCAGCACUUUGGUUUCCUUGGAUUACAUAGUACUGUUCUCCAAAAUAACCAGGGAACUAUGAAAAUCAUUUAGUUCAUGCCAUUUUUUCCAAACAUGAAGGUCUGCAUUUUCAUGUACUUUAGAGACAUGCAGAGUAUCUAGUCAAUGGCACACCCUG